CCUUCCAGAAUGGAAGCAUCUUCUGAGACAGAACCGGAGCCAGUGCCUCCGGUCCAUAACCUGAACGGCAACUGUCACUACCAAUUCCGGAUCCUCGUGCUGGGGGAUUCCACGGUGGGCAAAACGUCUCUGCUGAGGCGCUACACGGAGGGAUCCUUCGUACCAGCCCUGUGCCCCACCGUGGGCGUGGAGUUCUACAGCAAGAUAAUGGUGCUGCCGCCGGGCAUCAAGGUGAAACUGCAGCUCUGGGACACAGCGGGCCAGGAGAGGUUCAGGUGUAUCAGCAGAUCUUUCUACCGGAAUGCAGUAGGUGUGCUCUUAGUCUUUGAUAUGACCAACCGGAGGUCCUUUGAGAGCAUCUUUGAGUGGUACAAUGAAGUGACCAGUGUUAUGGAAAAAGUAAUCUGCCUCUUGGUUGGUCACAAAUGUGACCUUUACUCAACAAACAGGGUCACUAUUGAAGAAGCAGAGGGAUUGGCAACUUCUCUGGGCGCACACUUCGUGGAAACAUCUGCCAAGGAGAACCUCAAUGUAGAUUUGGCCUUUGAAACUAUAACCAAUAAUAUCUAUGAGGCUCUGAAAAACAAGGAGAUUGAACUGCAGGGAGGAUGGGAUGGCGUGAAGGUCAUUUAUAAGAAGAGAACUAGCAGUCUUCAGAGGAGGAAGCCGCCACCAGAACAAAAAUGUUCGUGUUAACCAAAUCAAGGACUGGGGCAUUGUGAAAAAAUGACAUUGGAUUUGUUCUUUAGAGGAUAAACAAACAAAAUUAUUUCAUAACCAAGUCUCUAAACAUGCUGCUGAGGACCGAACUGAC